AAGAAAGAUUCCAUAUUUUUCACCUUUGCAAGCUGUAUUUUACCAUAGAUUGGAACUUGAGGACUGCUUGGAAAAGUUUGAUAUUGUGAUUGGAGACUUGGCAGAUCCUAUGGAAGGAGGCCCUUGUAACCAGUUAUACACGAAGGCCUUUUACCAAAAUAUUGUGAAAUCCAAACUCAAAAAUGGAGGGAUAUUUGUAACACAAGCUGGUCCAGCUGGUAUUCUAUCCAAUCUAGAUGUUUUUCCUUCUAUAUAUCACACUUUGAAACAAGUCUUCAGAUAUGUCAUUCCUUAUACAACUCAUAUCCCUUCCUAUUCAGAUGUUUGGGGAUGGGUGAUGGCUUCAAACACUGAUUAUAUCUAUCAAAAUGCAAGUGACAUAGAUUCAAUUAUUAAAUCCAGAAUCAAUGCAAGUCUCAAGUUCAUGGAUGGAGAAACAUAUUCUGGAAUACUCAAACUUAAUAAACAGCAAAGACAGAUUUUAUCAAAAUCACCAACAUCUACAACUUUACCAUUUACCUUUUAACUUUACUUCACCUUUCUUUUUUUUUUCUAAUUUACCUUUUUUCAUUUUUUUCUAUCGCUGAGGUAUUUCUGUUUGAAUAUACAAUAAGCCAUAUGAUUGGA